UGCGUAUUGAUCGAUCUAUUAAAGGAUAUUUGUAAUUUUGACACUUGACUCUUGAGAUCAUCCGGCUCGAAGGAGUGUCCGAAAAGGUUAGGUGCAUUGCCGCAUGACAUAUUCUAAAAAACACAUAAAUAACAUAAAUUAUUGUAAUAUACGAGAAGGAAAUGCUUUAUUACACUAUAGACCAAGCAACAUAAUCGUAUCUAAUCUCCCGCUAUUAAUCGCUUGCAAUAGACGGGGAAACCGGGCCUCGAACAUUUCUUGGCAAUGCUCGAAGUUUCCUGAUAAGAAGGGGGCUAAUUAAACCCUCGGCAGCUCCGCUCUAAUCGACGGUAGUUUCGCCACGAUUUGCCGAAAGUUUCUCGUUUCAAUUUCUGCGUCAUCGUCGACAAGCCAUCGUAACCGAAGUAUCGAGGCAGUUAAGGGAGUGAACGAAGUCGAGAAAAGAAGUCAAUCCGUCGGCGAAUUCGAAUGAUCGCUCGAUGCCAUGGCAACUGCGGACAACAAGCUGUCAGAUGAUGGGCAAAGUUUUGAUCAAUAAUACUGGGUGACUGGCUGCCUGCCGACAGAGUUCGAGUUCGGUACGGAAUCCCACGGUGAUUUCGACGACUCCAAACAACAAAACGCGGCUACCGGAUGUAAAAAAUAGCGGUAAGGAUAGACGAGAGAAGGUUCCGACACGUGAUGAAGCGAUGGGCGAAAUGUACCAGUCUGAGUCAUAGAGAAUGGAUGAGCGAUGCGAUUUUCAAUCAAGAUGCUAAUUCUUCGUCCUUGAAGCUUACGAAUUUAGGUCACCGUUCUCGUUACAAGACUAUCUUAGAACUACAAUAAAACGUUGAAAUUAAUCGCUUUCUCUAAAAACCUCGCGCUUUUAUCCGCUUUGUUAUAUUUUUAUCAAUCUCACUAAGCGGAUUAAAUUCGUGUAAGAUUUAAGCCGGAUCCGAUAUCAUAUAUAAUAUAACGCCUAUACAGACAUCGCGUUGUUACGUCAUUGCGAGUUCGACCACCCUGAGUGGUAAGGCUAACAAUGUCUGUGAUCGAAGGUAAUGACGGAACACGUGGUUGUAUAUAAUGGUAGUAUUAGUAUAGCAAUAGUUUAGUGUUGACCUCCCGUCAAAGAGGGAGAAAGGGACGAAAGGGGAAAGGGAGAGAGAGAGAGGGAGUGAAAGAGAUUUGCCCACCGGCUGCCAGUCGGGCGUGUUGUUGAACUAGGUUUGGUCUUGAUACAUUGGAGGGUGGUAGAAGGUAAGGAAUGAAAGCAGUUAGUUAGUUGGCGUUCGGCCGCGCGCGCCGUCGAUAGGAAUGUUGGCGCGUUGUUCUUCGUCCGAGUGCUUCUAUGAUUAUUGACAACAUGCAUUGAGAAGAUUAGUACUUGAGUAUGUCUAACGGUAAAAGAACGGUGCGACCGAUCAGGCAAUUGUCUUUACAACAGCCCGCGCCACGCCGGCAGCAUAUCAGGCGGCAGCGAUCAGCGGAAGACGACAAGUCCCUGCAGAUUUAUGCGAAUCCGAUCGCGCGCAGCAGACUCGCCACGAAUGGAUCUGAGAAACCCAAGGUACGAAUUGCUUGGAGCGACGAUCGGCGCGAUUGCGGCGGUGACCUCGAGCGAGUGGAGGUGGUCGCUCGACAGAUCCCAAGUCGGUCCAAGCAGACCACAAGCGGCCGAUCUGGUGGCAGAAGCUAUGUCGGUGCCGAAAAGGCGUCGAUUCUCUAUUCACGACAAGAGCUCGCCGAGCGGUUAAGACUCGCCUGGAAACACCGUGAGGAGAAUAGGGCAAACAUUGAUAUUUUCUUGGCGCACGGCUUCGCCGUAGAAGAGCGCUGUGAUUCCGAGCUAUCAAUGUCCGCCUCGGCGACCCCUCUGCCGAGGAAAGAGCCUGAUUCCAUCCAGUGUCCUGAAAAGACUCUUGAUUGGAAUAUCGACGCGCGAGAAAAACCGAGCGAUUCUCUCGGUGAAUUGAAAGAUGAUAUUUUUGAGGAUCGUGGAAGAGAGAUCGAAUGUGAAAUCAGUAACGACGAGCUGGAGAUUGCGUCUGAAAUGACAGACAAUUCGAUGGCGAGAAAAAACCAGGAAAAUGUAAAAGCGGAAAACGCAAAAGAAGAAGGAGAAGAAAAAAAGUAUGUUGUUAAUUCAAACGUCGAGGAAAAGAGAAGAACACGCAUAAGUAUUGACUGCACGAGCCUUCAUUCUCCGAAUCCUCUGACUACGCCCUUGAAAACGGAGAGCGCGGUUGCAUCGACAAAGAUCGCGAGCGACGACCUCUCCUCGGCGAAGCAAAAGCGCGCGAGUUUUCACAGCGGUACUAAUCGUGCCUUCCUAGUUCCUAUGGUUGAGAAAUUUACAAAAAAAUCUGCGACGGACAAGAUCGUCCCGGUGAGAUCGUCAGACAUAAGAUGUGCAUCCGCAUCGACCGAUAAGAUCGUUAUGCAAAAGCAGACGACGACGACGACAGAUACGAGAUCACCGAUCGUCUCCGACAAGAACGCCGUUCUCAUAAAGAGCGCGUCCACGAUCUCCUUGGAGAAGACGAGGAGAACGAACUCCGCGCCGCCACAAAGGCGAGGAGGAGAAAACAUUGUAUCCGCGGCAAGAGUACAGGUAAACAUCGUGAUCGAUGCGCCGAGUCUUGCUGAAGCAACGAGCGAUAAACCGAUCGCCCACAGCCAGCAAGGUGUCAAGAACACCAUAGAGAAAAGCGAGGAAAAUUCUGCAAAGAUACCGCGUGAACGAACGGUGAGAUCAGCACCUUUGAAGAGGAGAUCGAGAAGCGCGAAGAGACGCUUCUUGGUGUCUUCAGAAACGAGCGGUAAAGACGAAGAGGACGCGAAGACACAAGAUCGAUGUGGACGGAUAAGAGCCUAUGUGGAUUCGAAAACCACCGAUGUGGUCACGAUGGUGUCGCUGGUCAGUUCGGCCGAUAGCGACAGCGACACAGAAAAUUCGCCUGGUGACGAUAAGCUCAUUAGUGAGUUGCGCAGUAAACUGCCCACUACGCCAAUCAUCAAAACAUCUAUUAAUCCUAAUCACAGUGCAACAAGGAAGCCGAUCAAGUCAGUAUCCUUCCAGAGAUACUCGUUCGACGAGGAUCCGGCGAAAGACAUGUUGUCGCAGGCGUCAACAAGAAUAAGAGACGAGAAAUCGAUCAUCGGGAUUCCAGCUCGCCUCAACUUCGUCAUGAAUGAUCACAAUGAUGAUAUGCCGCCCUGGAGGCAAAAACAAAACGUUACCGAGGAUAUCCCAACACCAUUGAUCAUCUCCACUUUGUUAACUCAGAAUGAUAAGGAAACGGUGCUGGAAACGGCACCAUUGACCGAUCGCGAGAAGAGAUGUCUGGCGGUGCCGAUUGGCGACUUGCAUGACGACAAGAAGCGGAAGCUAUUGCGAACACGUAGCAUCCCAAAUCGUCCGACUGUACCAGAGCAAACAAAUAAUAAUGCACCGAUUGAGAUAAAGGAGCAGAGGUCACCGCAUUUCAUCACGGGUUUGGUUCCGCCGAUCGACGGUCAGCUUCCGAAAGUCGAACAAUAUGUCAAAGAGGUUUUGCCUAUAAAGGAAAUAUCACCGGGAGAUUUAACGUUGUCGACGGAACCGCGCUUUCAAACUACCAAGGAAAAAGAAUGCUGGCAUCUUUACAGGCGAAUGUGCGACAAGGGAGUAUGCGUGUCCUUUGACACGGUUCUAAGAGGUAUGCUGACACCGACGGAAUAUCGACUGCGACAAAAAGAACUCUCGCAAGAUUUAUAGUAAAAUUCACGAAUAAAUCGAUGAGGAAGCGACGAAUUACGUUUUAGAAAGACAAAAUCCAUUGAAAUGAAGCAAACCGAGUAGUGCACCAGAAGUUAGACAUUUUAUUAGUGUAGUUAAGCGUAAAAACGCGGAAAAAGAGAUACAACUGAUCCGAAUUAGAUAGUUCCUAUUAAGCUUUAAAAGAAAUCCUACUGACUCUUUUUUGUCGAUUCUCUUAUUCCCGAAUUAUUUUCUAAUUAUUCCCAGAAGUAUCUCUUAUUUAAGAAGUAUCUUUAUUGUUUUCUACCAAGUUUGUCAAAUUCUUUUUUUUUUAUACGUCAUUGUACCGCUCAAUAAAAUACUUGAGUUCUUACCAACUAAUCCAAAAUUUAAUUGUCCUAUGUUUAACUCGUUAUAAAUAAGAGCAUUAUUUUGGUAAAGCAGAGUUGGUUAUACAUGACAUAGUAGAUGCAUACGCACAACAGCAUGAUUAUGUGUUAUAUCUAUUCGUUCUAUUGGUCAAAUCUAGUUCUCAUGUAUUGAUUAUUCUAGAGUGGCAACUCUGCAUUACGGGCAGAAGUUUCCUUUCUUAAAGACUGUAUGUGAUAUGGCAUUGUGAAAGAUGUACUGUAAGAACGUAAUAUAUAUUGGAUAUAAGGAUGUAUCAGAGUCCUUUGACUUGGA